CCGCCCCGGCGGUCCCCAGCCCCCGUGCGGAGCGGCGCGGAGGGGGUGGCGGCAGCCCUGUGACUCAUGCCUGCGUCGAAGCAGAUCAGCUGGCGAUUCACGCUUUUAAAAAAGCAAAUCCGAGCACUUCUGGAAAAAAAAAGGUCAUCUCGCAUUAAAUUCCGCGGCGCGAUUGGUAUUCCGACGUCGUUUCUGGCGGAGUUUAUAAGCGGCGGGUCGCUCCCAGGCUGGAGUCGCCCUGCCUGCCUGGACUCCGGCGGUAAGAGUGUCCGCUCGCCCCCUCGCAAAUUCCUUGCUGCCCACCCCUGAGAAAAAUACCGGAGGAAACCCGGGCUCCGGGGACUGGGGCUUUUCUGAAGGGAUGGCUUCCUCCGCUCCCUCGUCCUCCAACGAUGCUCCGGACCCCACCCCAACUAAUUUACGACCCACAACUUACGACGCGUGGUGCGGCGUGGCUCACGGGUGCACUAGGAAGAUCGGUCUGAAGAUAUGCGGGUUCCUGCAAAGAACCAACAGCCUGGAAGACAAGGGCCGGAUCGUUAGCUCCCUGAAGGAAAGGCAGUCCUCCAAGAGCCUGCUGGCGUGCGAGAGCAGCGGGAAGGGGUCCAGGUUCCGGCGCACCGAGACAGACUUCUCCAAUUUGUAUGCCAGAGAUUUGCUGCCCGCCAAGAAUGGCGAGGAGCAGACCGUGCAGUUCCUGCUGGAGGUCGUGGAUAUCCUCCUCAACUAUGUGAGGAAGACGUUUGACAGAUCCACCAAAGUGCUGGACUUCCACCACCCCCACCAGCUCCUGGAGGGCAUGGAGGGCUUCAACCUGGAGCUCUCGGACAACCCGGAGUCCCUGGAGCAGAUCCUGGUGGACUGCCGGGACACGCUGAAAUACGGAGUGAGGACAGGGCACCCUCGCUUUUUCAACCAGCUGUCCACGGGCCUGGACAUUAUUGGCUUGGCUGGGGAGUGGCUGACAUCAACUGCUAACACAAACAUGUUUACCUAUGAAAUUGCACCUGUUUUUGUCCUCAUGGAACAAAUAACACUUCGAAAGAUGAGAGAGAUUAUUGGAUGGUCCAAUAAAGAUGGCGAUGGAAUAUUCUCACCUGGAGGAGCUAUCUCCAACAUGUACAGCAUAAUGGCUGCACGCUACAAGUAUUUCCCUGAAGUCAAAACCAAAGGCAUGGCUGCAGUCCCUAAACUGGUUCUCUUUACAUCGGAGCAUAGUCACUACUCAAUAAAGAAGGCUGGAGCUGCACUUGGAUUUGGAACAGACAAUGUGAUUUUGAUAAAAUGUAAUGAAAGAGGCAAAAUAAUACCAGCUGAUUUGGAGGCAAAAAUUUUGGAAGCAAAACAAAAGGGAUACAUUCCUCUUUUUGUAAAUGCAACUGCAGGCACAACAGUAUAUGGAGCCUUUGAUCCAAUACAGGAGAUUGCGGAUAUAUGUGAAAAAUACAACCUCUGGCUCCAUGUAGAUGCUGCCUGGGGAGGUGGACUCUUAAUGUCUCGAAAACAUCGUCAUAAAUUGAAUGGAAUAGAAAGAGCCAACUCAGUCACUUGGAAUCCACACAAGAUGAUGGGAGUGUUGUUACAAUGUUCUGCCAUUCUUGUCCGGGAGAAGGGUAUACUUCAAGGCUGCAAUCAAAUGUGUGCAGGCUAUCUCUUCCAGCAAGACAAACAGUAUGAUGUAUCCUAUGACACUGGAGAUAAAGCAAUACAGUGUGGUCGACAUGUGGACAUUUUCAAAUUCUGGUUGAUGUGGAAGGCAAAGGGUACAGUAGGAUUUGAAAAUCAGAUCAACAAGUGCCUGGAGCUGGCAGAAUAUCUCUACACUAAAAUCAAAAACAGAGAAGGAUUUGAGAUGGUUUUUGAAGGGGAGCCAGAGCAUACAAAUGUAUGUUUUUGGUAUAUUCCGCCAAGUCUCAGAGGCAUGCCAGACUGUGAUGAGAGAAGAGAAAAGUUAAACAGGGUGGCACCGAAAAUCAAAGCACUGAUGAUGGAGUCAGGUACUACCAUGGUUGGAUAUCAGCCUCAAGGUGAUAAAGUCAACUUCUUCCGAAUGGUCAUCUCAAACCCAGCAGCAACUAAGUCUGACAUUGAUUUCCUCAUUGAGGAAAUAGAGAGACUGGGGCAGGAACUGUAGUACAGGGGUUGAAUUAUUUAUUUCUCUAAUUCACUGUUUUCCAGCACUGGCUAUUUUUUUAACCCAGUUCUGCAGAACAUGUUUUAAGGGAAUUCUCUUUCUGUAAGUUCUAAUCUCCUAAGAUAUCCUUAAACAACACAACUAUAGGCUACUGAAACAUAUAUGUAUUGGUAGAUCAUAUUACUGGGGGAAAAUAUAUUAUCUUGAAGUUGAAGUACUAUUGACUCUUACAUUGGUCUUAUUGUAGUCAGCAGGAAAUGAAUAAGUACUAAAAUAGCAAAUUAAGAACUCUGCACAGUAUAUAUGUACAGUAUAAAUAAAUAUAAAUAUAUAUAUAUACAUACAUAUAUAUAUAUAUAUAUAUAUAUAAAGUGGUUAUAAACUUAGAUCUAAGCCACAGCAUGUUUUCCACUUUAAGACAAUUAACUUUUCCUUCAACAACUAAUGAUGUGGAUAAUGUGCUACAAAUUUUUCUGCCAGGUGAAAAUAGACAUGUAAUGUAGAUUCUUAGGAGCUAAAGAAAAUGUGUAACAGUAUUAAAUCUUAUUGUUGGUGCUUUCCUCAUGUACAAUACAGCAAUCUCUAACAGCACCUUCAAGUAAAAUAGUUGUAUUUUCCCUUUAGUGUCACAUCAGGGGAUAAUAGUAGCAGAGUCAUUGUAACAGGUAUAUUAUUGCUGUAUUUUUAGAGGUUAAUUUGUGUAGAUUGUGUAUAUUAUUGUUAAAUGACUUUGUGUAAAAGGAUUUAAAUGUAAUAGUUUUACAGCAAGAUAACUGUUGAAUUGUAGGUAUAUGAAAUAUUUGCUUAUUUAUAUGCAGAGAUUUACCAUGCUGAAGAGUUGUCUUGUAUUUUCUUCCAUUUGUAAUGUAUCCUAUUUAUAUAUUAUUGAAGUUCUAAAUAAUGUUUAUGGUAUUUUAGUGUCUUUGUGAGCCAAAGAAAAAAUACAAAAAUAUUAGUUGACACUUUCAUUUAAAUUCUAGUGCCCUUAAAAUAAUAACUUACAGAUAGUUUUACUGAAUAUAAGGAAUUCUAACGUUGUGUCUAAACUGUCAAAUGAUGAGAUCCCUUUAAUCUAUGAGAAUUUUCAGUUUUAUUUAUUGUAAUGUCAGACUGUCUGUUCAGUGUUCUGAAUGCUUUUCUAGUGAAUAUUGAUUGCUAACCAAGGCCCCUGUUUUUAAGUUGUAUUUCAGGACUACUCUCUAUGACAAUUUUAACUAAAUUCUGUGGGUGUUUCAACCAACAUAAUUCUUUCAGUGAAAUGGAAUUCACUAUGUGUUUGGAGUUUAUAAAAUAAAUAAAAACAAAAAUAAUCUCAGAAUCUUUAAAUACAGCUGGCUUGUCACAACAAUUUAAACUGGCUAGAGUUUUCAAAGUAUAGACACCAGAGUCAUCCGCAGCUUGUUCAGUUUUAAUCAUUAGAUAAUCAGUACUACUAAGUGGAAAACUCCAUACUGGAAGCAGAGCAGUGGAACAAAAUGAAGAUUCAAUAAUCCUCUGUAUGCUGAGUUACUGUCAUGGUGAUAAAUAGAAUAUGCUAAUUUAAAAUCUUUUCAUACAUGACUCUCUGGCUAUCUUCUAUGCAAGUCAGUAAUUAAUUGAUUCUUUGUUCUUCCCUGCCCCCUUCCCCCCCUCCCACAAUCAGUAAGAAAAUUAAAUUAUUUUAGAAACAUUCAAUGAAAUGCAGUCAUGCUGUGCAGUUUUUGCAUUCUCUCUGGCCCCCUUCAGUCCUGUAGAACAGCUACAGCCAUGAGAGAUUUCCAUCCUGCAGGUCCUGCUGGUUGUCUUCUGAGGAUGCUGUCCUCACAUCUUUGGCUGGGUCAGAGCAGGGAGAAGAAAGAAGCUGUCAUGGUAAAUGCCGUAUCAUAUAGCACAGCCUUUCCAGCCUCUCUUAGGACUGUGGCUUAUCUUUCUUCCAUGACCUUCUGUAAAACUUUUUCUUGUAAUUACUUGGGUUGAAUUUAAAAAUUAUGUUAAAUAUGUCGCUGUCUUUUAGAUUUAUGAGAAUGACUUACAAAAUAUUACCUACAUCAUUACUUUUACGACAUGAACCCCCCCAGUAAUGUCACCAGUACAGAAUUUCUUUCAUUAGGCUAUUUUCCUCCAGACAAUGUGGUUGGUUUCUUGCCUUCUCGAUCUUAAACCUCAAUCUUCCUUAAUUAUAACCCUGAUAUCUUACCAUGUCUUCAGUACUUAACAUUUUGAUGUAAACAUCCAUGCUGUAUGACCUGAGGCCUGCAAUACAGAAGUAAUCAGUGUGAACAUUUACUUCAGUACCAACUUCCAUAAUAUUAAAUGCCAUGCUUUAUAGACACCAGCUAUUCAUCAAAACUAGAGAGCCUCUCAUUGAGAGCUGUUUUUAGAGUACAGAAAGAAGUUUGUUUUGAAGAUGUCACAUUUCAAUUUACAUACUUCUGCCUGAAAUGUGGGCUCUAUCACAGUUUUAUUUUACUCAAAGGGCAGCUACAGAAGAUGGAAAGAUUUCCCUCAGUCCUUGUUUAUGAGAAACAGUAUGAACUAGUAUAAUCAAUACAAUGAUGUAUAAUUGCUGACCUAGCUUCACUAGGGGAUUUUACAGUUUCCACGCAAGCAGCACCAUGGUCCUUGUGAUUUCUUAACCGGUUCUCAGGUGGGGAUUUCUGACUUCACCCACCUCCCUAGUCAAGAUAUUUCAGCAACAGUAUUAUUAAAGAUUCCAAUGUACCCUUAAUUCUCUAAUCUUAAUAUUUGAACCUCAUGGACCUUGUAUCCAGAUCAUCAUCUCAAUAUUCUAAUAAUAAUCUAUUGUGUUUGUAAUGUUAUAUCUCUUUGAAGCAUAUAAACUAGGUAAAGAGAAUCAUCCUCUUGUAAGUGAUCAUGAAACUAUAGGAAAGACCAUUAUAUAGCUUACUGGCAUUCAUACAUCAAGACUUGGGCAGUCCUGUAAUGUAGUCAGAAAUAAAUUUAGACUUCUUUGGCGUAUAUACAAUGUUUUGCUCACUAAAACUUCUGCUGCUUCAUUUAAUAGAGUAUCUUUCAUUUUGGAGGUCAAAAGCAUCAGAGGUUAUACCUAUUGCCAUUGAUGGUUUGCAGCUAGGUGAGAAUAAUGGAGCUCCUCCUGCCUGUUCUGUAAGUGAGACAACUAACACAGAGGCAUUUUCUCUAAAGAUCAGGGGUUUAAAUUUAUCCUCCUACCCUCUGCAUUUUAUCUUGUCUUUCUAUAAUGUUUUGUCUUGACACAGAUAAUACCCACUAUUAGAUUUUUGCAAAACUUAUAAUUUUAACAUCGAACUCUGGAGUGUUUCCUUAAUAUAUAUCUGCUUUCACAGGCUCAGGGCUCAUUAAUUUCCAACUUGGUUAGCUGAUUUAACAGAGCAGUUGUGGUCAUCAGUGAGAAAACUCAUCUGUGUUUUCUUCUCAGUAGGUAAUUUUCAUCUGAGUAAUAUGUUACAGCUUCUCAGACAAAAGCUUAUCUGGAAUUUUCCUGCUUUUUAAUCCAUACACUACUGACUGUGAGAGAUCACAAGUAUGGAUAUAUAGAAGUGUUGACUAAUUCAUAGCAUUUCAAUUCCAGGUGAGUAACUUUGUUUUUCUGAGGUUUAAAAUAUACUCUAAGGUAGCAAUUUUACCUUUAGAAUCACAAAGACAAUCACUGUAAUUUUGUGUCAGUGAAUUCAGAUCAAAUACACAAUAGGCACAAUCUUAGUUGAACAUGUAGCUGCAGUCCUUAUUAACUGAUGUAAUUUAUUUGGAAAAGACUCACCAUUGGAUAAAAAUCGACAACAGCUGUUGUUGUUUGAAUGAGAAAAAUUCUGACUGUAUUAUUAAAGGUACCUUUUAGAGAAGAUAGUUAGAUUAUACCAUUCAUGGCAGACGGAUGGAACCAGGGGCCUUGGGAGUAACCCAGGAUUUUAAAAUUAUCAUUGACUUAGUUCAUAAUCUGUUUUUUGAAUGGUGACAAAUACGAGGAGAUUUUUUAAACAGAAUCUCUGUUUUGUGGUUUAAGAAAUGUCGAAGUUAUAAAGAAAUGUUCAAUGCAGUUUUAAUUUUUCAAUAAAAGUCGAUCUUUAAACCAUC